AUGUACGACAAAAUCGUUCCUCUAGGCUCGCGCCUACACUACCCUAUCAUCAUCACGAAACUCCUUAAGAAACCCGGCGAUUCGAUCAAGAAACAAGAGAGUAUAUUCGAAUACAAGUUCAACUGGAGACGUCGGGUCAACGAAGAUGAUUGGGUGGACGAAACUACAUAUACAGAGUUUGAUAGUCCCGCCGAGGGCAAGCUCAAGCAAUGGCGCAUCCGCGAGGGCCAGAAGGUCGCGGCCGAUUCUCCAUGCCUUAUGGUCGAAGAGGCUUGCGGUCACGAAGUUCAGGUCCAGGGUCUCUGCAGUUUGUGCGGUGAAGAUAUGACCGAGAUCAAUUGGGCAAGCGAUAACCUCGAUACCGAACGCGCCAUGAUCAACAUGAGCCAUGACCAGACCGUCCUCAGAGUCAGCGAAAACGUUGCCACAAAGGCCGAGCACGAGAACCAGAAGCGUCUACUCCGACAACGGAAGCUGAGCCUUGUCGUCGAUCUCGAUCAAACCAUCAUUCAUGCUUGUAUCGAGCCUACCAUCGGCGAGUGGCAGCGCGACCCGGCAAAUCCCAACCACAACGCUGUUAAGGAUGUCAAGAGUUUCCAGCUUAAUGAUGACGGUCCUCGCGGCGUUACCAGUGGAUGCACAUAUUAUAUCAAGCUUCGGCCUGGAUUGAUGGAAUUCCUCGAGGAGGUUUCCAAGAUGUAUGAGCUGCACGUCUACACAAUGGGAACACGCGCAUAUGCCCUCAACAUCGCCAAGAUUGUCGACCCUAACAAAAAGCUCUUUGGAAACCGUGUUAUCAGUCGUGAUGAGAACGGCAGCAUCACAUCAAAGAGCCUACAACGACUAUUCCCCGUCAGCACAGACAUGGUGGUGAUUAUCGACGAUCGCGCAGACGUGUGGCCAAUGAACCGACCCAAUCUGAUCAAGGUGGUGCCGUACGACUUCUUCAAGGGUAUUGGCGAUAUCAAUUCUAGUUUUCUACCGAAGCGACAAGAUACCCUCCCUAUUCUCAAGGCAAAGCCUGUAGAUAAUGGCCCAAAGCUGGCCCCCAAAGCUUCACCAAUGGACGAGCUCGUCAGGAUGAGCGGCGGAGACGACGCAGCUAGUUUGAAGAUCCAGGCUGAGGAGCAGGAGAAGACGUUGGAGAAGCAGAUUAAGGACCGACCUUUGUUGCAUAUGCAGGAGGAGCUCGACAAAGAGGACGACCAGCAAGAAACCAGCAACAACGAUUCAUCAGCAAUCCACCACCGAAAUGUCCUUGUCGACGACGAUGAGGAACUUAUUGCUCUCCAAGACCACCUAACAGAUCUACACAGCGCCUUCUACGAGACAUACGAUAGGAGACGAGCGGAGAGAAAGGACAAGGAAGGAACACACCCGCCCGCACACAGCAAAUCCAAGAGAAGGCCAUCUGUCGAUGAUGGAGUUGACCUGUCUAUGGUUCCAGACGCCGGAGAUAUCCUUGACGAACUCAAGUCCAACGUUUUGUCUGGUCUUGUGAUUGUGUUAUCUGGUCUGGUACCCCUUGGCGUCAGAGUGGAGGAGUCUGAGAUAGGACUACAAGCUCAGAGCUUCGGCGCCCAAGUCUUGGAUACAGUAUCAAAGCGAGUGACACAUCUUGUCGUCUCAUCAUCACGUCCCAGGACAAAGAAGGUGCAGCAGGCAGCCAAGAUCCCAAGCAUCAGAAUUGUCAACCAGAACUGGCUCAUCGACUGUCUUAGCCAAUGGAGAAGACUUGACGAGCGUCCAUAUUAUUUGGAUAUCCUUGACGCUGAUAGGGAGAAGGGGACAGAUGAUAUUACGGAAGUCAACUCGGAAGCCGACGAAGCCGAAGAUGCACAAACGGGUCAAGAGCUCAAGGACUUUGACUGGGGCGAAGCUGAGGACGAACUUGCUGAGUUCAUGGAUGACGACGACGAUGAUGACGAAGGCAGUGUUGCUGCAACUGUGACAGAAUCCGACGUGGAGACUGUAGAUGGAAACAGCAAGCAGACGCUCAAACGCAAGGCCGACGUGGAUGAGUCAGAUGACGACGGAACUGCAAGCAUAGGCGAAAGUGUCUUGGCUAAGAAGCAACGCCUAGCUCGAAACCGCGGCGCAUCUAGUCUGCGAUCAAUACAGACGCCCAAUGGCGAUGACACAGAAGACGGUAGUCUCCCCACGCCGGUGCCAACAGGCGACGAGGCAACCGAAGAUAGGGACAAGGGACAAGCCGUCAAUGCAGAUGAUGGUGCAGAUUUCGACGAUGACGAGCUGGAGAGAGAGUUGUUAGCAGAGCUGAUGGCAGGGUAG